CCAAGCCCCACCUAACCUCAACGACCUGUGUGACAUUUCGACAUCAUGGCGGACGAUGGAAUGCUCCUAAACUUUGAGCUUGGCUCUGGUCCUAUCAAGCCCCAGGUCAAGUUCAAGGGCGGCCGCUGGCGAGACAGGAAGCAGGCUGAGAAGUCAGCGAGAUUGGCUUCCUCAGGACCAGAAGCACCCAGAUCAGCCAGAGAUGAAGAUGACCAGAGGUCUUCAAAACGCCAGAGGACCGACAAUGAUGGGUUUAAUCGUGAUUUCGACUACAAACCCUCCCCACGAUUUGACCCCAGAGACAGGUCCUACGGCGGUGACGGCCCGACAAAUCAGCACCGAAACCAAGGGUCAGAUCAGAAAAGGACUGGAGGACAGGUCAUCUCACGACUCUUCUCCUUCAAUCCAGCCCAGAAGACUGAGUUGGACGAAGAAAAGGAGACCGAAUGGACUGCCCCGGAGGCGACAAAUGCGCCACUCUCCGAUAGCUUUGCUUCAUUAACCAUUUCCUCACGCCUUGUGGAGGAGCUUGGGAAGCUGAACUUGGAACGUCCCACCGCCAUCCAAAAGAAGGUGAUCCCGCAUAUGCUAUCGAACAGCGCGGACGCCUUUGUCCAGGCCGAGACUGGUUCCGGAAAGACGUAUUCUUACCUCCUACCCAUCCUUCACCGCGUCCUCCUCCUGAGCGAACGGGGCGGUGCCCAGAUUCACCGAGACUCUGGGGUAUUCGCCAUCAUUGUUUCACCGACCCGCGAACUUGCCAAGCAGACGCACUCAGUACUUGAGCAGCUCAUCCGGCCCUUCCCAUGGCUUGUGUCCACGGCAAUCACUGGAGGAGAGUCAAAGAAGGCUGAGAAGGCACGUAUCCGUAAGGGAGUCAAUUUCCUUGUCGCAACCCCUGGACGACUGGCGGAUCACAUCGACAACACCAAAGCGCUCAGUCUCAGCACCGUGAGAUGGCUUAUUCUGGACGAAGGUGAUCGUCUUAUGGAUUUGGGCUUUGAGGAUGAUCUGAAAAAGGCCAUCGAUGCGCUUAAAAAGAUUGACGUCUCUGACAAGCUUCCGGAUGGGACCCUUCUCAAGUCUCUUCCUGAGCGACGAGUGACUGUUCUUUGCUCAGCGACUAUGAAGAUGAACGUACAGAAGUUAGGAGAGAUGAGUUUGGCAGAUGCAACAUUCUUGGCUGCCGAGAAGGAAGCCAGCGAUAACAUCAAGGAUGGUGAUGAGACAGCUAUGAAGGCUCCGGCCCAGCUCCAUCAGUCCUACACCAUUACCCCGGCCAAACUUCGACUUGUGACCUUGAUCUCCUUCCUCAAGUCUACCUUCUCCCGUCGUGGCCGCACCAUGAAAGCCAUCGUCUUCAUAUCAUGUGCCGAUUCGGUUGAUUUCCACUACGAACUCUUGAGGGAUCCGAUGAAACUUGAGGCACCUGUACCCGGGUCAAAGGAUGCCGAAUCAAUCUCAAAGACUGUUUCAAAGGCUGCAUACAUUACUUCCCCCGCCAGCCCCGAGGUCAUCCUCCACAAGAUGCAUGGCUCGUUGUCCCAGCCAGUCCGUACCGCCACCAUUCGAGCGUUUUCUGAAUGCAAGUUGCCCUCACUCCUCAUCACCACCGAUGUGUCUUCCAGAGGUCUCGAUAUUCCCUCGGUCGACUUGGUCAUUGAGUAUGAUCCUGCUUUUAGCUUCGCCGAUCACAUCCAUCGCGUUGGUCGAACGGCUCGAGCCGGACGGCCUGGUGAUGCCCUGCUCUUCUUACUGCCCGGUACCGAGGAAGGCUACAUUGAAUUGCUCAAGACCUCAACACCUCCGACACCGCAACCCUACGACUCAAUCCUUCAGAAGGGCAUGAUGACCAAGCUUGAGUUCCCCGUCGAGACAUCAGCAGCCAUUAUUGAUGGCCAGUCCUACCACGACAAGGCCGAGACACUACAGCUUCAUAUCGAGCAGCGCCUUCUCGGCGAGACCAAGAACCUGGAGCUUGCUCGUAACGGCUUCAAGUCACACAUCCGAGCAUAUGCCACUCACAUCAAAGAGGAGCGCUCGCAUUUUGAUAUGUCAGAGCUUCAUUUAGGUCACACAGCGAAGAGUUACGGUCUGAGAGAGGCGCCAGGCGGUAUCGGCGCUGGUGUGGAACGGAAGACUAAGAAGCGGCCGUUUAAGAGCGUCGGCAGGAGUGGAGGCAAGGACUCGAGCAAGAACACCAGCAGAGACCCGGGUGACGAGAAGGGCCAGCCAAGCAGCGAGAGGCCACCUCGCGAUAUCAUCAAGAUGAAGAGCAUGAUGCUAAUGAAGUCAACGGCGGACGAGUUCAAUAUCGGUUAAAAGCGUUAUAGACUAAUUGCGGGUUAUUUAUUAUGAAAUCUA